GAUCGAGUUCCGCAGGCCGCACUAGGGCCCCUGGUUAGUGGUUUGGUUCCGUCAUCUAACUGGAGCCCGGCUCGCCAAGUCAUGAGACCCGACCGACCCGAUCCGAGCGUCAAUUAAAAACGAACAACGCGUUGCCCUACCGCUUGAUGCCUGAUAAUAUAUCCCUUAUCGCAACCCCUAACCCUAAUUCCAGGGGCGCAGCUGGGGCAUACGCAAGAUUUCUGCUUGUUCGUUAACCUCUCCGCCGACGAGCCGGCAGCAUCAACCUUAUCGACAUUCUCUCGGACAAUUUGAUAUUUUUGAGAAUGGGCGAGACUGGUAAGCGAUUUCGCUCCCAAAGAGACUCUGAUGGGGAUAGCAAGAAUCAGAAGAGACGGGUACAUGAUAAAGAUGAAAAAAACGAUGACAAGUUGAUUGUUUAUAGGAUAUUAUGCCCAGAUGGGGUUAUUGGAAGUGUGAUUGGUAAGAGCGGGAAAGUGAUAAACUCGGUAAGGCAAGAGACAAGGGCAAAAGUCAAGGUUGUGGACCCAUUUCCGGGUGCUAAGGAGAGGGUCAUAACAAUCUACUGCUAUGUUAAGGAGAAGGAAGAAGUUGACGUUGAUGAUGAAUAUGAGGACAGGGAGCCGCUAUGCCCUGCUCAGGAUGCUCUUCUUAAGGUUCAUGCUGCUAUAGCAAAUGCUGUGGCUAUGGUUGGGGAAUCUGACAAGAAACGAAAAGAUAAUGAGGAAUGUCACAUUCUUGUACCAUCUAGCCAGUCAGCAAAUAUCAUUGGUAAGGCUGGGGCCACCAUAAAGAAACUCAGAAGCAAAACUAGAACAAACAUUAAAGUUACUGCAAAGGAUGCUACUGAGCCAACACAUUCUUGUGCAUUGGAGUUUGACAACUUUGUUCUGAUUACUGGUGAUGCAGAAGCAGUGAAGAAAGCAUUGUUUGCAGUUUCUGCAAUUAUGUACAAGUUCACUCCUAGAGAGGAGAUCCCUCUUGAGACUACUGUACCGGAAGCCCCUCCAAGCAUCAUUAUCCCAUCAGAUGUCCCAAUCUAUCCUCCUGGUGGAUUCUAUCCUAGUGCAGAUUCCAUUCUCCCAGCAAGAUCUGUCCCUCCAGUUGUAGGAACUACACAUGUUCCAGAGCUCUCCGGUUAUGCGGAUACAGGGAGUACAUGGCCUAUUUAUUCAUCUUCCCUUCCUGUAGUUUCUGGGUAUGGUAGUGCAUCUCGGUCUGAGGAGUUAGUUGUUAGAGUGUUGUGCCCCUCAGACAAAAUUGGGCGUGUUAUUGGCAAGGGUGGGGGUUCCAUUAAAAGUGUGAGGCAGACUAGUGGUGCUCGUGUUGAAGUUGAUGAUACCAAGGAUCAGCGUGAUGAGUGUAUAAUCACUGUGACUUCGACAGAGUCGGCCGAUGACAUAAAAUCCAUGGCAGUUGAAGCUGUUCUGUUGCUGCAAGGAAAGAUAAAUGAUGAAGAUGAUGACACUAUUACCAUUCGACUCCUUGUUCCAUCUAAAGUAAUUGGGUGUAUCAUUGGGAAAAGUGGAUCAAUUAUAAAUGAAAUUAGGAAGAGAACUAAAGCUGAUAUCCGUAUCUCAAAGGGUCAGAAACCCAAGUGUGCCGAUGCGAGUGAUGAACUUGUUGAGGUGGUUGGGGAAGUUAGUAGUGUUAGAGAUGCGCUUGUGCAGAUCAUUUUGAGGCUCCGAGAUGAUGUCCUAAAAGAUAAAGAUGGCAGCCAUAACCCUUCUAUUGGUUCCGAUUCUCUAUACUCAAGUGGUGCUGGUCUUUCAGUGCCUUCUGUCUUGCCUUCUGUUCCCCCUGUUAACCCAUUAGGUUAUGAUCAGAUUGCUGAAAGUGGCAGUGGCCUGGGUCUGCUAUCAUCCAGCAGCCUCUAUGGUUACGGAUCUUUAUCCUCGAUGGGUGAGAAUGGCUAUGGAUCAAUGUCCUCGUAUUCGUCAAAGUUGUAUGGAGGCUACCCUCCACCUUCGACUCUUGACAUGUUGGUGCCAGCAAGGGCAGUGGGCAAGGUGAUGGGCAAAGGAGGGGCGAACAUAGCAAACAUUCGGAAGAUAUCAGGCGCCUCUAUAGAAAUCUCAGAGUCCAAAUCUUCCCGUGGAGAUCGAAUUGCCCAUAUAUCUGGUACAUCUGACCAGAAGCGUGCUGCUGAAAAUUUGAUUCAGGCAUUUAUAAUGGCUACCUGAGUCAUGAGGACUGUUCUUGGUAGUUGAAGGUGAACAUUUUUUAGAAAUCUUGGAGUUCAAAUAUUUCCUCUCCAUAUUUCCUAUAGGUUGAAAAGGCUGCUUUUUUCUAGGUUCCAUCUAUUGGUGUCCUGCUUUGAUAUGCAUUCCAAGAUCAGGCAGGAAGAUUUGCAGCUGGUUCUAUAUUUAGGGGAUAUAGGUUUCUGAUCUGGGUUAAUCUGUUCUUCUCCUGCGAUUAUCUUAGAAAUGUUAGGAUCUUUCUUUCCUUUCCUAGUGUUAUCCAACUUAAUUCCAAUGUUGCUAUGCUCUAUACAUUAUAUGUUCGUGCUGGGAACUAUUUUCAGUGAUGACCAUGGUUUUCAGAACUCAAUAUUUAUGCGUGCUUGAUGUUUCUAUCA